GUCACGCGCCGCCUCGUCCUCCACAGCCGGAGCCUGAUCGAGAACCAGGAAGUGAAAGUACACACCACACAUGGAGGGUGUGUCUGUCGCUGCCACCGAGCGUUUUAUUUUUAAAACAGUCCUCCUCGGUUAAUUCAAUGGGCGACGCGGCGAGGACCAAGCGGCGGGAGCAGCUGAAGCGCUGGGCCGGCUCCUGCACCGACAAAGCCUCGGCCGUUCCCAGGCCGAGGUGGCGGGGCGAUGCCGAGGACGGAGGCGGGCAGCCGGAGGCCGAGCUCCGGGAGCCGCCGCGUGAGCCGCCGGAGUCCGGUGGGGAUGGGAGCCCAGAUCUCAAGAAACGUAAAAGGGUGCGGUUCGACAGGGCAGCAGAGUUCCUGGCCGCCUGUGCCAGCGGCGAUACAGAGGAGGCCCAAGUGAUGCUUAAAGAUGCUACAGAGACCAAAAACAAGCAGGAGGAGGAUGUGCCCGAUAUCGUCAACUGCUCCAACGCCGACGGCAUCACCGCUCUGCACCAGGCGUGCAUUGAUGGCAGCAUGGAGAUGGUGUCAUUUCUGUUGGAGCACAGUGCCAACGUGAACCAGGUCGACAGUGAAGGCUGGACGCCACUGCAUGUGGCUGCCUCCUGCGGACACCCCGACAUCGCAGAGUUCCUGCUGCAGAAAGGUGCAUCCCUGUGUGCAGUUAACUGUGACGGAGAUGUUCCUCUCGACAUUGCUCUGGAUGAAACCACAGAGUCUCUGAUCCAACAAUAUUCCCAAAGACAAGGUGUGGACUUGGAAGCGGUGAAAAAGUUAGAAGAAGAACAGAUCAUGAAAGACGCCCGGGCCUGGCUGGCUGAGGGACUGCCGGAGGAUGUUCGGCACCCCAAGACUGGAGCUACUCCCCUUCACGUGGCUGCAGCCAAAGGCUACUUGGAUGCUCUCAGGAUUCUGUGCCAGUGUGGCCUUGAUGUGUCUGCGAUGGACUUUGACGGCUGGACCCCGCUGCAUGCAGCGGCUCACUGGGGUCAAGGCGAUGCCUGUCAGGUCUUGGCUGAGCAGAUGUGUAAUAUGGAGGCCAAAAGCAAAGCGGGUCAAACGCCCUUUGACGUGGCCGACGAAAGCGUGGAGGAGCUCCUGGAGGAGCUGUCUCAGAAGCAAGCCAAGUGGAGAACGGAACGCUCGAAACUGGAGCGGCAAAACCCACAAGGCUCCACCACUGCAAACGCGCAAAAUAAAUUACGGAGGAGCUCCGUGUGCAGGAUGAGCAGUAGAGACAAGAUGAACGUGCAGGAUCAGUCGAAAGAACGGGGCGUCUCGGGAGGUCUGGAGCUGAGUGAGGAGAAAGAGAACAGUCCAGAAAGUUCCACAGUUUCGAGUCCGGAAAGCGAGAGUGUGACCACCUCGACGGUCAGCCCCAGUGAGAAGACCCCAGAGGAGAAAGAAGAGGAAGACAAGGAGAACGACAAGACCACUCCAACAGCUCGGGUUCAGCCGACGCCCCAGAUGAAGGAAGCAACCAGUGAGAGUCCCAACACCCCCAACUCUGACCGACGCAAGUUCCAGCCGUCGGUCAGAGACGAGGAGUCCGAGUCUCAGAGGAAAGCUCGCUCUCGGCUGCUGCGUCAGACCCGCCGCUCCACUCAGGGUGUCACCUUGACGGACUUAAAGGAAGCGGAGAAGACGGUGGGGAGAGCCUCAGAUCCCGCGCCUCGCAACAUCCAGCCCGUCAGUCCCAUCAUCACCGUCACUCCAGCUGAAAGAGACACCGACGCGCCGAAGCAGGUGGAGCCAGAAGGAGAGAGGCGGCUGGGAGUGAAGAAGAGAGUGAGGAAGGAGAGACGCUCGACUGGCAUUGUUCAGCCCGACGACGAGAAUAAAGAUGGCGACGCUCAGCAGGAGGACACCAACACUGACUCGACUGAUGUGGGGAGCGGCGUGGCUGACGCCACUGGCUACUUAGCGAUGUACCACCAGGAGAGGCAGCAGAACCGGGCUCUGAAGGAGAGGCUGCAGGAGAUGGAGCUGCAGCUGAGUCAGAGCAAGGUGGAGCUGGAGCGGCUGCGGCAGAGCCAAGAGAGCAGCGUGGAAAGGCCGGCGCUGCUGGAGCUGGAGAGAUUUGAGAAGAUGACCCUACAGAGGAAGGCGCUGGAGUUGGAGGACGAACUCAAGGUUAUGUCCGACCUGAAAGCCGACAACCAGAGGCUGAAGGACGAGAACGCCGCCCUCAUCCGGGUCAUCAGCAAGCUCUCCAGAUGAGGCUGGCGCCAGCAGAGCCAGAUUUCAAAGUAUUAACAGGAGUUGUCCUCAGUCCGAGAAACCAGGAGCAGCAACGGCAUGGAACAUUUGCACAUGUAACGCUGGUUCAAGUCCAGGCUCUGUUGCUCCUUCUGGACUGACAGGACGUUCCAGCCUCUUCUUUUUAGUCCAGUUUUAGUUUUUUUUUUUUUUUUUUAAGUGUAAUGUUUUAUGUGCUUCACUCCUGUGUUACUUAGUUGGGACCUAAAGCCAUGCAGCGUUGCGUGAACGCUUUCUGGACCUCAGUGGGGACGUAUAAGGGAACGGAGCCGCAGUUUUGGGUGAUAACUGGAAAAACAAUGUGCCAAAAUCCUGCCCUGGUUUGAAUGUUCUGAGUGGCGUCUCUUUUUACUUCUCAGCUCUAAGACGGGACCAACCUAGACUUUCUCCUCCGAGUCUGUAUUUAAGAUAUUUAUGUGCAGGGGGAGGGGCUUCUCAUCAGCUCUCACGCUUCUCCACGCCCUGGUGGGAAGUGAUCCUCGAAGAUUUCACCCCCUUUUUUUUUUUUUUUUUUUUUGACUGGAAGCUUUGAAACACUGCGACUCCCGGGUGCCGUGUUUGAGCGACUGACGCCGUCACCAGAGCGACCGGGCAGGUUCAUGUCUGAAUGUUUACUGUAACUUAGAGGGAAAAAACAAACAAAAAAAACAACUAAACUUGCAUGAAUUAUAUUUUGAUGAUGAUGAUGAUGAUGAUGUGCCUUCUGCUUCAAUUUUUCUAUCUGUUUAGCUUCAGCCAACACUGAUCCAGGGUCGGUUUCACACUGGAACCAAACACAUCUGCUGAUCCACCAGUCUGGUCUGAGAGCUCUUUCGGGGAACAUGCUUCUUUCUAACCUUUUAACCUGCUGUGAAGUGAGAUCUCGACGGACGGCGUGUGCGACACGUCUGGAGCCGUCUGAUGAACCGUGCUCUUCCAGGCGGACGGUGGAUCAUCAGCUUCUUCUUUGGUCACUUCUGUAUGAACUGUGUGGGUGCGAUGAUGAUGAACACUGUACAUAUGUGGGAGUCUGGCUGACGUGUGCUUAUUAUUUGUGCGUUUGUGGAGACACUGGACCGAAAAUGAGUGGAAGGCCUAACUGUUUUGGAGGUAAUAAAGUGUUGAGAUGAGCCUGUGUGCUGUCGACGGGCUUGUUUUUCAUCAGUCAAAUGUCUUGUCAUCACUUGCUGACUACCUAACAAGGUUUAGUUUGGACGGUAGCUGCUGCAGACACAGGUC